GGUAUAUAAGGCGCUUCUGACACCACCUGCCUCUAGUGUACUUCAGACUCAGGAUACGACAGGAUCUGUCCCUUCUGAUCCACCUGCACAACCAUGUGUGACGACGAAGCUACAGCCCUUGUUGUGGACAACGGUUCUGGGAUGGUAAAAGCCGGCUUCGCUGGCGAUGAUGCUCCCCGAGCUGUGUUCCCCUCCAUCGUCGGCCGACCUCGUCACCAGGGUGUGAUGGUCGGCAUGGGUCAGAAGGAUGCCUACGUCGGCGACGAGGCCCAGAGCAAGCGAGGUAUCCUGACUCUCAAGUACCCCAUCGAGCACGGAAUCAUCACCAACUGGGACGACAUGGAGAAGAUCUGGCACCACUCCUUCUACAAUGAACUCCGCGUUGCUCCUGAGGAAUCCCCCGUCCUGCUCACUGAGGCUCCCCUCAACCCCAAGGCCAACCGUGAGAAGAUGACCCAGAUCAUGUUUGAAACAUUCAACACCCCUGCCAUGUACGUGGCCAUCCAGGCUGUCCUGUCCCUGUACGCCUCUGGCCGUACUACUGGUAUCGUGCUCGAUACUGGUGAUGGUGUUACUCACACCGUCCCUAUCUAUGAAGGUUACUGCCUUCCCCACGCCAUUCUGCGUCUUGACUUGGCUGGCCGUGACUUGACAGCCUAUCUAAUGAAGAUCAUGACUGAGCGUGGCUACUCCUUCACAACAACAGCUGAGCGAGAAAUCGUUCGCGACAUCAAAGAGAAGCUUUGCUAUGUAGCUCUUGACUUCGAAAAUGAAAUGAAUUUAGCUGCUGCCUCCUCUUCCCUCGAGAAAUCGUACGAGCUUCCCGACGGUCAGGUCAUCACCAUCGGCAACGAGCGCUUCCGCUGCCCCGAGUCCCUCUUCCAGCCUUCCUUCCUGGGUAUGGAAUCUGUCGGCAUCCACGAAACCGUUUACAACUCCAUCAUGAGGUGCGACAUUGAUAUCAGGAAGGAUCUGUUCGCCAAUAAUGUGCUGUCUGGCGGCACCACCAUGUACCCUGGUAUUGCUGACCGCAUGCAAAAAGAAAUUACUGCCCUGGCUCCUUCUACCAUCAAAAUCAAGAUCAUUGCUCCACCAGAGCGCAAAUAUUCUGUCUGGAUCGGUGGCUCCAUUCUGGCAUCCCUUUCUACCUUCCAAGCCAUGUGGAUUACUAAAGAAGAGUAUGAUGAAUCCGGACCUGGCAUUGUCCAUCGCAAGUGCUUCUAAAAUGUACAUAUAAUGAUUAAUAGAUUCAGACUACACAAGAAAUAUAUUUUUUGGAUAAAUAAACAAUUGAAUGUGAUAUCUGCUAAGAUAUCUUUCACAGCUGAAAGUUUCACGUUAUUCUUUUGUUAUCUUUCUUGCAUUUCUAUUUUUGAAGUUAUAUAUAUUUCAAUAUUUCCAAACAUACGUUCAUUUAACACAAAUAUUAUUCUUUCAGUCCCUUAUAUAUAAGAAACUUGAAUAUACUAUACCUAAAACGUGUCAGAAUAUUUUCUAUGUUAGAUUUUGGACAAAGCUAUUCGAUCAAAUAUAUGUAUUACCAGUGACUGACCAUAUAAUUAAAGUAACCUCUCACUUAAUUAGAUAUUUUAUUAUGAUGCUAUUUUUAAAUGUACAGCUCGUUUAGGUUCCUUCAGUGAUUCAUAAAAAUCACUACAUUAAAUCUAGCCUCAUGACCAACAGUCACAGAAGUGCCACCUCCUAUGUGCUGAAGUUGAUAUUCCCCAGCCCUUCACCUAUGAGCACCAAGCCAAGCUUUUCAACUUUCAUUAUCCGAACCGUUGUAAACAAAUACAUGCAUGCACAUGAAUCCAUACAAUUUUUUUUUUCAUAUGUGAGAUAUCUUACUAAAAUUUAUCAUCGAUUGAA